CCACUCCUUCAGCAAAUAGUUUUAUCGGUGUGGAGCAGCAACUGUUCAGUCAUUUAUUAAUCUUUGGGAUAUAAAUAUAGCUCAGACACGUCAGAGCGUCCAGACUGACUGACAUCAAGAUUUUCAUCAUAUCACCUCCGCAGAACUCUGAUGAUGAAGCUGGUUUCAGUGGUUCUCCUCCUGCUGGCUCCAGUAUUGAUCUCCUGCUUACCUCUUGAACUCCCAUCAGACUGCAGUGACAUCUAUAAACAUGACAACACCCGACCCAGCGGAGUGUACACCAUCUAUCCCAUCGGAGCCACGUCUGCUGUCCAGGUGUACUGUGACAUGGACUCAGACGGAGGACGUUGGACGGUGUUCCAGAGGAGGAUGGACGGCUCGGUGAACUUCUACAGACCCUGGGAUCAGUACAAGAAGGGCUUUGGUAUCGCUGCUGGAGAGUACUGGCUCGGUCUUGAGAGUCUCUUCCAUCUGACACAGAGGAAGAAGGUCGAGCUGCUGGUCGACAUGGAGGACUUCAGUGGAAACAAAGUGUCUGCUCGUUACUCCUCGUUCUCCAUCGAUCCAGAGUCCUAUGGAUACAAACUGCAUGUGUCUGGAUUCACUGAUGGAGGAGCAGGAAACAGCCUGGACACUCACGACGGACAGAAGUUCUCCACCUUCGACAAAGACCAGGACUCUGACAGCCGUAACUGUGCCAGAAAAUACCUGGGGGCAUUCUGGUACAACGGCUGUCACGAUGCAAACCCCAACGGGGUUUAUCGCUGGGGGGCUGAUGGGACUAUCUAUGCUGUAGGAGUGGAUUGGUACCAGUGGAAGGGCUAUAACUACUCCCUGAAGACCAUCAGCAUGAAGAUUCGUCCUGUGCAGUAAUUCUCCAGAACGAACAAACAGCAGAAUAUCUGUUGAUCUCUUUCUUUCUUUCUCUCUGAU